AAAGCCAUAAAAACCAUCUCGUUCAUAAUCGAGAAAAUCAAAAUAUUGAAUUACCAACAAUUUAUAUCAUCACCGCUACUUAUGCACGAGCUAAUCAGAUUCCAGAAAUAACAAGAUUGGCCCAAACCUUAAUGCACGUGCCCAACAUUCAUUGGUUGGUUGUGGAAGACUGGUCUGAUAAAAAUCCAAUGGUAGAGAAGAUUCUGGUGAAACGGGGCGUUCAACACACUUAUCUUGUAGGACCGAGACCACCCAAUCAUCUUAAAUAUCCUUAUGCAGUCAGCUGUCACCAUGCAGCCUUCAAAUGGAUCAGAAAAAACGCCAAAUCUGGUGUUAUUUUUAUGGCAGAUGACGACAACGUUUUUGACCUUCGAGUAUUUGAGCAAAUGAGAUCGACCAAAAAUGUAAGUGUUUGGCCAGUAGGGGGCAUGUUCAAGGAACAGUUUUCUAGCCCUGUCGUGAAGGAUGGAAAGGUUAUCGAUUUUUACGACGGUUUUCGGAAAAGAAGAAAAUUUGCUCUUGAUUGGGCAGCUUUUGCUGUAAGUGUCCAACACUUUCUUAGUAUUCCAGGAGCCACAGUUCCAUAUCGAAAUGGUUUUGAAGAAGACCUGUUUUUGCAAAGUCUACGUUAUGAGCUGGAUGACUUGGAACCAAAAGCAAACAACUGCACAGAG